CCUGUGUCUGAUGUACCAGUUCGUGAACCAGCUGAGCUACACAGCCUCAGUGAUCAUCCUGGUUGUGGUGAGUGGCGAGCGGUACCUGGCCAUUGUCGAGCCCCUCCGAGCCAAGACCCUUCUUACCCGCAAGAAUAUGAUAGUGACGAUGAUAUUGGUAUGGAUCUUCUCUGCUCUCUACUCCUGCCCCAGACUCCUCUAUUUCACGGUGCAGGAGUACCCGGUGGAGGGAGGAGGGACGGAGGCCAUGUGCCUCCUGCGACGUGACCAGUUCGACACCCGGAUCUGGGACGUGGUGAGCCUGACGCUGCUGUACCUGCUGCCGCUGGUGCUGCUGUCGCUGCUGUACGCCCGCAUCGCCCACACGCUGUGGCGCUCGGGCCGCCUCCUGGCCGCCGCCACCUCCCCGCACUACACCUCCGCCGAGCUGGCCGCCGCUGAGUACGGCACCUUCAAGACUCAGCACACCGCCUCCGUCAGCUCCACCUCCAGCAGCGCUGCGGGCGGUGCUGGGGUGGAGGGCGGGGGCGGGGGCGGCACGCCCACCAACACCCCCGCUAGAGACAAGUCACUCCGCGUCACUCGCGGCUCCGUCAAGUCCAUCAUGUCCACGUACGUGUCCAUGGCCAGCGUGAGGGACGAGGGCUCGCGCGGCAACAACCACUCCGCCCCGGAUGUCAUCCCGCUGACGCCCCUCGGUAGUUCCCGAAGGAGCCGCCGCGGGGCGUCGCCGAGGGUGCGGCGGCGCGCGCUGCACCUGCACCCGUCGCCGCUGGUGCUGCGGGCGCGGCGGAAGGUGAUCAACAUGCUGGUGGUGGUGGUGGUGAGCUUCGCGGCCUGCUCCCUGCCCUUCCACACCCGCAAGAUGCUCCAGUACUACUGGACGGCCUACAACCACACCUCCCACGCCUCCUACCUCCUCACCCCCGUCACCUUCCUCCUCAUGUACGCCAACUCCGCCGUCAACCCCAUCCUCUACACCUUCAUGAGCCGCAAGUUCCGCACCUCCUCCUGCGACCUCCUCACCUGCCGCCUGCGGCAGACGCGCCGCGCCAGGCCGCAGCGGCCCACGGUGGUGGCCAGGCUCAGCGGGAGGGACAAGGUCGUGACCCACCUGGUCUGAGCACCCAAUAUUCACUCCGUUAAAAACCCGACUGUUUGGCCUCACUACACGCGGCCAUACCCAACCAACCCACCUAACAUAGCAAGGCCCAGAAUUAGAAAACGUCACCAUCGCGGUGGUAUAAUUUAUAAUAAUGCGUCGGAAUUUUAACGCAUUUGCUCGAUUCCUUGGAUGAUCCUACAUGCUGUUGUGGUGCCACAGUAGUCUACCAGCUGUGGUGCCACAGUAGUCUACCAGCUGUGGUGCCACAGUCGUCUACCAGCUGUGGUGCCACAGUUGUCUACCAGCUGUGGUGCCACAGUAGUCUACCAGCUGUGGUGCCACAGUAGUCUACCAGCUGUGGUGCCACAGUUGUCUACCAGCUGUGGUGCCACAGUAGUCUACCAGCUGUGGUGCCACAGUUGUCUACCAGCUGUGGUGCCACAGUUGUCUACCAGCUGUGGUGCCACAGUAGUCUACCAGCUGUGGUGCCACCAUGGUCUACCAGCUGUGGUGCCACAGUAGUCUACCAGCUGUGGUGCCACAGUAGUCUACCAGCUGUGGUGCCACAGUUGUCUACCAGCUGUGGUGCCACAGUAGUCUACCAGCUGUGGUGCCACAGUUGUCUACCAGCUGUGGUGCCACAGUAGUCUACCAGCUGUGGUGCCACAGUAGUCUACCAGCUGUGGUGCCACAGUAGUCUACCAGCUGUGGUGCCACAGUAGUCUACCAGCUGUGGUGCCACAGUUGUCUACCAGCUGUGGUGCCACAGUAGUCUACCAGCUGUGGUGCCACCAUGGUCUACCAGCUGUGGUGCCACAGUAGUCUACCAGCUGUGGUGCCACAGUAGUCUACCAGCUGUGGUGCCACCAUGGUCUACCAGCUGUGGUGCCACAGU